AUGCUCUGGGCUAUGGAUGACGCAAAUGGUGAAUGGAUCUGCACACCAGCUGAUCUAAAAGCCUACACACAUAUUCUGUAUUUGAAUAUUCCACCCGAAAUCAUUGGGGAAUAUCGGAUGAAUGAUCAGAGAAAAACCCGCCCGGUCGUAUCCAUCGCCCACCUGGAAACAUGGCAACACACCGAGAAGACUCAACUACGUCGUCUUUGCCGAUCCCACGAUAUAAUUUUCAGCACGAUUUCUCCUUCCCAGGAUGUAUUGGGCGACAUCAUCCAUCUUCUUCUAGACUUCCAUCGUCAUACGGAAGGCCGGAAUACCAAAUUGGCCGAGCAGCAGAUGGACAAGAUUAUAACUGCUGGCUCUGAGGCGCCAGAGACCGUGUUGGUCUUUGACGCCUACAAAACAUUAGCAUCGCAAGACAGUGGUGAAUUGUUCUGGAAACAGGUGCCCCCACCGUCUGUUGGGAAAGGCGAAAGUUCCCCAUUGAAAAAGUUGUUCAGCAGUCCUUUGCAAUAUUCAUAA